AUGUACUUCUUCACGCUUCGUCCAGCGGGGCUAUCUACCACAGCUGCCAGUCUACCACAGCUGCCAGUCUACCACAGCAGCCAGUCUACCACAGCAGCCAGUCUACCACAGCUGCCAGUCUACCACAGCAGCCAGUCUACCACAGCAGCCUGUCUACCACAGCUGCCAGUCUACCACAGCAGCCAGUCUACCACAGCAGCCAGUCUACCACAGCUGCCAGUCUACCACAGCUGCCAGUCUACCACAGCAGCCAGUCUACCACAGCAGCCAGUCUACCACAGCUGCCAGUCUACCACAGCUGCCAGUCUACCACAGCUGCCAGUCUACCACAGCAGCCAGUCUACCACAACUGCCAGUCUACCACACCUGCCAGUCUACCACACCUGCCAGUCUACCACACCUGCCAGUCUACCACACCUGCCAGUCUACCACAGCUGCCAGUCUGCCACAGCUGCCAGUCUACCACAGCAGCCAGUCUAUCACAGCAGCCAGUCUACCACAGCUGCCAGUCUACCACAGCUGCCAGUCUACCAUAACUGCCAGUCUACCACAGCUGCCAGUCUACCACAGCUGCCAGUCUACCACAGCUGCCAGUCUACCACAGCAGCCAGUCUAUCACAGCAGCCAGUCUACCACAGCUGCCAGUCUACCAUAACUGCCAGUCUACCACAGCUGCCAGUCUACCACAGCUGCCAGUCUACCACAGCAGCCAGUCUACCACAGCUGCCAGUCUACCACACCUGCCAGUCUACCACACCUGCCAGUCUACCACACCUGCCAGUCUACCACACCUGCCAGUCUACCACAGCAGCCAGUCUACCACAGCUGCCAGUCUAUCACAGCAGCCAGUCUACCACAGCUGCCAGUCUACCACAGCUGCCAGUCUACCACAACUGCCAGUCUACCACAGCUGCCAGUCUACCACAGCUGCCAGUCUACCACAGCUGCCAGUCUACCACAGCUGCCAGUCUACCACAGCUGCCAGUCUACCACAGCAGCCAGUCUACCACAGCAGCCAGUCUACCACAGCAGCCAGUCUACCACAGCUGCCAGUCUACCACAGCUGCCAGUCUACCACAGCUGCCAGUCUACCACAGCUGCCAGUCUACCACAGCAGCCAGUCUACCACAACUGCCAGUCUACCACAGCUGCCAGUCUACCACAGCUGCCAGUCUACCACAGCUGCCAGUGGUCGUCAUGAAAGGUCAAAUGCUCGUUAACUCAACGAUCAAAUCCCCGGUAUAUAACUGGCCAACUGCCAACACGCCCUCAAUACGUAGCCUAGUAUAA